CAUGUCAUACACACCUUUUUUGAAAAAUAAAAUAAAAUGAUCCGAGCAAGACGAGCCAAACCCGAACCCAUACUCCAUAACAAAACCAAAACCCUAGGCCUUAGGGCUUUUGCUUAUUUAUAUAUUCAGAUUAUCUUUCUUAGCCGUCCGGUGAGAAGCGAAGAAAGGAAAAAAUGGUGUCUGGAUCGGGGAUUUGUGCGAAGAGAGUCGUCGUUGACGCUCGCCACCACAUGCUGGGGCGUCUGGCGUCGAUUGUGGCGAAGGAGCUGCUCAACGGGCAGAAGGUGGUGGUCGUUAGGUGCGAGGAGAUAUGUCUGUCUGGUGGUCUUGUCCGACAGAAGAUGAAGUAUAUGAGGUUCCUCCGCAAGCGCAUGAACACUAAGCCUUCUCAUGGCCCGAUUCACUUCCGUGCUCCGGCCAAGAUUUUCUGGCGUACCGUCCGUGGCAUGAUACCCCACAAAACUAAGCGUGGUGCUGCUGCCCUUGCUCGUUUGAAGGCUUAUGAGGGUAUCCCUACACCAUAUGACAAGGUCAAGAGGAUGGUCAUUCCUGAUGCUCUCAAGGUAUUGAGGCUUCAGAAGGGUCACAAAUACUGCUUGUUGGGCCGCUUGUCAAGUGAAGUUGGAUGGAACCAUUAUGACACCAUCAGGGAACUUGAAAACAAGAGAAAAGAGAGGUCACAGGUGGCUUACGAGAGGAGAAAGCAGCUGAACAAAUUGAGAGUCAAGGCUGAGAAGGCAGCAGAGGAGAAACUUGGCUCUCAACUAGACAUCCUUGCUACCAUUAAGUACUGAAGAUCUUGUUGUUAUGUAGUUUCACUGCAAUUUUGUUAAAGAAUUAUCUGGAUGGAUUUUGACUCAGUUUUCUCUUUUCUUCAAGAUGUUGAGACCAAAAUUUUCAUAAAUCUAUAGAGGUUUAUCUUAUUUUUCUACUUUUCCCCUGUAGUAUGAUUUUGGUGUUAUCUCAGACAUAUUUUUUGUUGGUUGAUGUGUUAACAGUUAGCCUUGUGUUCAAUCCCCAUUACUCAUAGUAGUCUUUGUUUAUCCUUAAUAUAAUUGUUUCUAAUGG